AUGACUUCAGCCGGCGAUUCCAACAACAGCCGCAAAGUGGCCCUAAUCACGGGCAUUACUGGUCAAGAUGGCUCUUAUUUGGCCGAGUUUCUCAUUUCAAAGGGUUACGAAGUGCAUGGCAUAAUUCGACGCUCCAGUACUUUCAAUACUGGUCGCAUUCAACAUCUCUACCGUGAUCCGCUCACUCAUCAGGAAGGAUCGAUGAAGCUGCACUACGGUGAUAUGACUGACAGUACUUGCUUGGUGCAGCUGAUUUUGAGCAUAAAACCAGAUGAAGUCUACAAUCUUGCCGCUCAAAGUCACGUCAAAGUGUCUUUCGAUCUCAGCGAGUACACCACUAAAGUUAACAGCCUAGGACCGCUGUAUCUCCUUAACGCAAUUAUCACUGCCAACCUGACCGACAGCGAGACGGGAAAGCUGAAAACCAAGUUCUAUCAAGCCAGCACUUCUGAGCUUUUUGGGAAAGUACAGGAGAUCCCCCAGCGAGAGACCACUCCAUUCUACCCUCGAUCCCCGUACGGAGUCGCAAAGGCGUACGCCUACUGGAUUGUCGUCAAUUACCGCGAGUCAUACCCAAGUCUGUUUGCUGUGAAUGGAAUCCUAUUCAACCAUGAAUCACCUCGUAGAGGCGAAACUUUUGUGACCAGAAAAAUCACCCGAGGUGUGGCGAAGAUCUACCUUGGAGAGCAGGAAUUCAUCGAGCUGGGCAACCUCGACUCGAAACGAGACUGGGGCCAUGCUCGUGACUACGUUGAAGCCAUGUGGAUUAUGAUGCAGCAAGAACACCCGGACGACUUUGUCAUUGCCACUGGAGAAGCGCAUUCAGUGCGAGAGUUUGUCGAACUUGCCUUCAAACAUAUUGACCGUGAAAUUGUAUGGGAAGGAACUGGUGUCGAAGAGGUUGGCAAAGAGAAGGCAAGCGGUGUCGUGCGUGUUCGAGUCAAUUCAAAGUACUUUCGACCAGCCGAAGUGGACUUUUUGCUUGGCGAUGCAACAAAAGCUAAGGAAAAGUUGGGCUGGCAGCCACAAACGUCCUUUAUUGAGUUGGUCAAGGAAAUGAUUGAUUCUGAUAUUGAGCUGAUGCGAAAAAAUCCACAGGCUUAA